UUAACAUUGACGUAAACCUACUUUUAUAAAAGUUGUUGUCCGUGAUUGACUUACGAAUUUCGCUAUUUUACUAAAAAUUUAUUUUGAUUGUAUGAUCAAAACAAGCACCCCAAAAGAAACCAAAAUAUCCACUCAAACACUGAUUAGGUUCAGUUCAGAGUAUGCAUUUAACAAUCGCUAUGUAGUGACGUUUUCAACAUUCAAUUUAUGACGGAUACAGAGAAUUAUGUUGAUUGAUUAAGUUUCAAAUUAUAGUGUUAGUUUGAAGCCGUUGUCGUUACUCCCGGUCGUGUGUUCUCUCCGCAAGAAAGAAGCUAUUUUUCUGUGAUUUUGAUUAAUGAAAUAAAAUUCUAAAACCAAUAAUGUACAACUGGUAUUUUGUGGUAACUAUUAUCAUUUCAUUGUCUCUAGUGGAUUGUGCAGUUAUAGCAAAGGAAGACGAUGUUGAAGAACAAGGGUUGUACAGUAAGUCAGAUAAAGUAGUAAUAUUGACUCAGCGCAAUUUCGAAAGAAAAGUUUACAAUCAAAGACAUGCUGUAGUGGUACAAUUUUAUAACAGUUACUGUGGUCAUUGUAGAGCAUUUUCUCCAAAAUUCAAAGCGAUGGCUAAAGAUUUCGCUGCGUGGAAGCCCAUUAUUCAAUUAGCAGUCAUGGACUGUGCAAAUGAGGAAAACAAUGAAAUAUGCAGGCAAUUUGAAGUAAUGGCCUAUCCUUCUCUGCGAUAUAUACAUGAGCAAUAUAUUAAAGGGAAUGGUAAUGUGGGUGACAGGAUACAGAUGGCAGAAACUGCUGAAAAACUUAAAGCACAAGUAAUAACAAAAAUGCAAAAUGAACAAUCUAAGGGGCAUUUGGCAUUUGCACCUAACUUUAGUAUUGCAUCUUAUGCAUCCUAUGCCUCUGCACUUAAUGACAUACCAAAUGAUGUGACAUAUACAUUCCUAGUGUUUGAAAAUGAAAAUUCUACUGUUGGUUCUGAGAUUGCAUUAGAUCUUAAUGAUUAUCAACAUAUAAAGGUGAAAAGAAUACGUGAAAAUAGUGAAUUGGGUUAUAUAGCUGGAGUGUACCAUUUCCCUGGACUUGUUGCAGUUAGAUCCACAUUAGAACCCACAAAUAUUACCCCUAAAAAUCCAAGUCAACAAAAUUUACUGAAAGCUAUAAAUAUGUUUUUAAAAUCUAAAAACUAUGUAUUCCCAUCUCGGGAUAUAAAUCAUAAAGAUACAAUUUUCAUUGAGCAUUCUGAUGAAAAAUCACUUGUUUCAAGCUCUGAUAUUGUAUAUUAUGCUGACUUAGAAAAAACUUUAAAAACAAGUUUUACAACUGAAAUUACAAGACAUAAAUCUUUAACUGGAGAAGCCUUAAGAUCAUUAUUAGACUACUUAGAAGUUCUUAGAAGCUUUUUCCCUGCCAGAGGAAAUCUUAGGGACUAUAUUAUUGAUUUACAUACAACACUUGGUUCCAAACAAGAGUGGAGUGGUAGUGAAAUUUAUGAAACAGUAAAAAGACUAGAAAUUACCCAUGCACCAGUGUACACAUCAGAACUAGAAUAUAUAGGAUGCAAAGGAAGCCAACCACAAUACCGUGGAUAUACUUGUGGUCUUUGGACUUUAUUCCAUACCUUAACAGCCAAUGCAGCUCAGAGCCCUGGAACAGAAGGUCCUAAAGUCCUGAAAGCUAUGCAUGGUUAUGUUAAACAUUUCUUUGGCUGUACCACCUGUUCUGAGCAUUUCCAAGCAAUGGCAACAAGAAACCGAAUAUUUGACAUAAAAGAAAAUGACAAAGCCGUACUUUGGCUCUGGAUUGCUCACAAUGAAGUGAAUUUAAGAUUAGCUGGGGAUGUUACUGAAGACCCUGAACAUCCGAAAAUCCAAUUUCCAAGUGUGUCAAAAUGUCCAGAGUGUAGAUCUGCCCGUGGUGCUUGGAAUCUACCAUCUGUGUACCAAUACUUAUUAAAUAUGUACAAGAAAGAAAACAUUUGGGAUCUUAGAAGAGCAAGAUCCAUAGCAGCAAGAUCGAGCCCAUUCUCAAACCUGGAUAUUGGAAUGCUAAGCCUCCUGUACAUAUUCUGUUUAUUUAUUCUUAUUCUAGUCAUAAAAUUUUUCCUAACCAAAAGGUUUUACAGAAAGCGUCAUUACAAACAUGGAAGGGGUACAUGUCGGCUUAGAUUUGCAAUAAAGAGGUUACAGAACAAGAAUAUUUUCCACAACCUGAUAUCACCGUGGGAUGAAAUUGUAAAAAGGUUAAGAAUUGUACAUUUAUAUAGUUGGCAUGUUUAUUUAUCUUAAAUUAUUAUUUAAUUACCGUUAUUUUUAAACGACUUUUAAUUGAUUUAAAAAUGUGAAAUAUAAACUUUAUCCAAACCCAGUUUCACGUAUACUCACCCUGUAUAUAAAAUCAUCAAUAAUGAAAUAUUGAGACAUUCUGAUGUCACUCAGUGGAGAUGUCAGAACGUUUAAUUAGUGAGACAACUUUGUAGCAUAAAAUGGCUGGGUAUAUUUUGUAUUCAUAAAAAUGUUGAUUUAUCUACCAAAAAUUCAAUUGUAAUCAAAGAAAUCACUAUGUUAUAUUUUUGAUCGUCAUGAGUAUCCUCACUGCUUUCCAUGCCUCUGUGCUAUAGAUUGGACAUAUUUGCAUGUAGAACUAUUCCAAGUCAUAUUUGUGCAAUUGUAAUUUUUAAACUCAUUUAGUCCUAAGUAAAGUUUAUAUUUUUGAUAUAUAACUAAUAUAUUAAUGUAAAUAUUGGGUAUUAUAUUUUCUUUUUAUUUAUUCUUUUUUUUUGGUAUACAAAAGUGUCUUCCAAGACGAAUAGAUAUUUGCCUAUUAUUUUCAGAAACUUAUGUUUAAGAAUUAAUUAUUUCAAAAUGUAAUCAUUAAAAUUUUAUAGCUACAGCUUUAGGUACAUAAUCUGAUAAGUAAUAAUAGACAAAAAAAAAAAAUAUUCAUACAAUUCGGCGAAUAUAAUCAAGAUUUCCUUAUUGAGAAUCGAUUUAUAAAAAUAUGUUUCUAAUAUUCGUAGUUAACUUUGAUGCACAAUAGUAGAUAUAAAUAUUAGACUGUACAAAAUGUUAAUAUAUAUUCAAAGAUUUUUAAUAUCUUAUAAAACCAUGACAAUACAAUAAUAACUUGCAUAGUUUUAUGAUGACAUUUACCACUAACAAUAGCUCAUUAGCAUUUAAGCAACAAGCAUUUUUGAUAGGAUUUAAGAAAUUGCCGAAUAAUCAUAAGAUUUUAGUAAAAUAAAAUACCUACACAUAAGUUACAAAUAAGUUUAAAAAAACUAUCAUUCGCGUAUUUUUAAUGUAAUUUAAUUCGCAAUGUUUGUAUUUAUUGAACAUCUAGUUCCAAUGUCGCAAUCUCAUAUAUGUGAUUUAAAUUAAAUUUGUGAUAUCAUCUAAAUGUUGAGAUUACUACUGAUCGUAUAUUGUAAUUAUUUAUCUAAUAGGCCACACAGCCAAAUUAGUAUGUAGGCACAGUUAUGUACGCAAUUAUGUAAACACUGUUACUCCUCAAAUUCAAGGAUUUUUUUGCAAUAAUAUACAACUGUUUACAUAUUAUUACGCAUGACUAUGUUGCGUUGAAUUUGCAAUUUUAUAGUUCGCUAAGAAAUAUGAAUUAGAUAAUAGAUAAAUACAGUAAUAGAAAAGACGUGUAUUGAUAAGAUUGUCAUUGAAUAACUUUUCCUCUAGAAGAUUCAAAGUGCAGGUCACCACGUAUAAUUUCCUAAUUAUGAAUAAUGUGUUAUGAUUAAACUGUAUUAGUAUGCAAUUAAUUUCAUAUAUGUAAGACGUCGCAUUUAUGUUUAUUUAAUAAAUUACUUUGUUUAUAA